UGAACAUCCAAAUGCUUUAGAUGCAAACAUUGGUGAUAGUUCACUGGUAAAUGAUGAACAUUCAGAUGCUGUAGAUACAAACAUUUGUGAUAGUUCACUGGUAAAUGAUGAACAUUCAGAUGCUGUAGAUACAAACAUUGGUGAUAGUUCACUUGUAAAUGAUGAUCUUUCAGAUGCUGUAGAUACAAACAUUGGUGAUAGUUCACUUGUAAAUGAUGAACAUCCAAAUGCUUUAGAUGCAAACAUUGGUGAUAGUUCACUGGUAAAUGAUGAACAUUCAGAUGCUGUAGAUACAAACAUUUGUGAUAGUUCACUGGUAAAUGAUGAACAUUCAGAUGCUGUAGAUACAAACAAUGGUGAUAGUUCACUUGUAAAUGAUGAACAUUCAGAUGCUGUAGAUACAAACAUUUGUGAUAGUUCACUGGUAAAUGAUGAACAUCCAGAUGCUGUAGAUACAAACAUUGGUGAUAGUUCACUGGUAAAUGAUGAACAUACAGAUGCUGUAGAUACAAACAUUGGUGAUAGUUCACUGGUAAAUGAUGAACAUCCAGAUGCUGUAGAUGCAAACAUUGGUGAUGGUUCACUUGUAAAUGAUGAACAUCCAGAUGCUGUAGAUACAAACAUUGGUGAUAGUUCACUUGUAAAUGAUGAACAUCCAAAUGCUUUAGAUGCAAACAUUGGUGAUAGUUCACUGGUAAAUGAUGAACAUUCAAAUGCUGUAGAUACAAACAUUGGUGAUAGUUCACUUGUAAAUGAUGAACAUCCAAAUGCUUUAGAUGCAAACAUUGGUGAUAGUUCACUGGUAAAUGAUGAACAUUCAGAUGCUGUAGAUACAAACAUUUGUGAUAGUUCACUGGUAAAUGAUGAACAUACAGAUGCUGUAGAUACAAACAUUGGUGAUAGUUCACUGG